AUGCCGUCUUCGUCGAGAUCACACGAGGAUCGCGCAGAGACCAGCUCAUCUCGACACGACCGCGAUUCAUCGCAUUACAAGCGACGUCACCUGACGGAUGCAGAUGACGGUCAUCGUCGCAGUAGCCGGGACAAAGAUCGUUCCCCCGACCGACGCAAGCGACAUCGAGAAGAGGAUGACGGCAAACGAUCGCACAGCUCACGGUCAUAUCGCGACGAUCACCACGGACGCGACCGUUCAGACCGAGAACACCGUGACAAGGAGCGGGAGAGAGAGCAUGCCAGCUCCAGUCGAUCGAGACACGAUCGCGACCGGGAACACCGAAGCGAUCGUUCGUCGAAACGUCGGGAGACAUCCGAAGAGCGUCGUAUCCGGAAAGCCGCGAAGCGCUCCGACAAGCUUAGGGAACUCGAGGAGACCUUUCUCGACGAAGAGCAAGGAGCAGCCGAGCGUACAGCUGUUGCAGAACUCAUGAUGUACUCUGCCGAGGACAACCCUUUCAACGACCCCACCCUCGGGCACAAGUUCAAAUGGGGCAAGAAGGAGGAGAAGGAGCGCAAGCAAGGCCUCUCUCGCGACGAGGCUGAGAAGCGAGACGCCCAACGCAGGCAGGAGGCAAUGGCCGAGAUCGAAAAGCUCAACGCGAAACGCGCCGAGCGAGAAAAGCAAGCCGCCUUGCGCGAAGAAGAAGAGGCGCGGAUGGCACGUCUCGCCGAGUCGGCACAAAUGGCCAGCUGGGUGGCUAAGGAAGACGACUUUCACCUCGAACAGGCUCAACGUCGAGCUGUGAUUCGCGUCAAGGAAAAUCGCGCCAAGCCCAUCGACUUGCUCAGCAUCAACCUCAAAUGGGCGGAUCCCAACAUCAUCGCCGAGCAGGAAGGCAAACAGGAUGAUGACGACGACGAAGCAGGUCUAGAGAUCGACCUCGAUGAGCCAUACACAAUCUUUGAAGACCUCACACUCGAGGACACGCAAGAGCUGCACCAAGAUAUCCAGAUGUAUCUCCAGCUCGAGAAGAACGACUCGAAUCUCGACUUUUGGCGGUCGAUGCUGAUUGUCUGCGACGACAAGCUGGAAGAAUUGCAGGAAGAGCAGCAGCACGCCGUGGGUGGAGCCGCCUUAGCGGUCAAUGCUCGCCAAGAUCCAGAGGAACGUGGACGCAUCAACAACAUGCUUUCGUCAAAGACGUCCGAGGAACUGGAACAGCUCCAGGAUCAGGUGCGAUCAAAGCUCGCUUCGGGAGAGCCAGUGGAUGUCGAGUACUGGGAGAGGGUGUUGAAGUCAAUCGUCGUGUGGCGAGCCAAAGCACGUCUACGUGACAUGCACGAAGCUGUGCUUUCCAAUCGCCUCGAGUAUCUGCGACGCAAACAGCGAGACGAAGCGACACGGCAUCAGCACGAGCUUCUCCUACAGACCGGCGACGACUCGGACGCUGCCGAUGAGGCGCUGGAUGACGUCGAUGGACCAGCAGCUGGCUCAAGCAACCAAGCUGAUGAGGAAACAGCAGCGCUUGAGGCGCUCUUCGAUCCCGAGGAGAUGGAACCAGCGCCCAUCGACGCGUCGUCACUCAGCUACGAAGACCGUCGAUUACCAAUCAAGACGCUUCGCGAGCAUCUGGAAGAAGUGGUGGCGGCACGACGUCGUGUCACCGGCCAAUCGUUCAUUCCCAAAACGCGCCACAACGAGCUCGACCCAAGCUCAUCGGACAACCCGGCCGAGCGCAUGUUCCUGCAAGAGGCGUCGAAAGCGCUCGACGUCAGCGAAGAAGUCAUGCAGGGCGGCGAAGAGCAGCUGCGCCACCAAACGUACCAGUGGGAGGACAAGUACCGUCCGCGCAAACCGCGCUUCUUCAAUCGCGUCCACACGGGCUUCGACUGGAACAAGUACAACCAGACGCACUACGACUCGGACAACCCGCCGCCCAAGACGGUGCAGGGCUACAAGUUCAACAUCUUCUAUCCGGAUCUCAUCGACAAGAACGUCGCGCCGACGUACAAGAUCGUCAAGGAGCCGGGACAGGAGGAUACCGUGUUGCUGCGCUUCAGCGCGGGACCGCCGUACGAGGAUGUUGCGUUUAGGAUCGUGAAUAGGGAGUGGGAAUACGGUCACAAGCGAGGAUUCAGGAAUAGCUUUGAUAGGGGUGUGCUGCAGUUGCAUUUCAACUUCAAGCGGUUGCGGUAUCGUAAGUAG